AUGAGGUACGACGGAACACAAGACCCACAGGAAAAUCUUACGGCCUUCGUGGCCAGAAUGAACCUGGAAGGAGUGGGUGACGAGGUAAGGUGUCGCGCCUUCCCGGUCACUCUCGCGGGACCUGCAAUACGGUGGUUUAACAGCCUCCCGCAGGACUCGGUGGCCAGGUUUUCAGAUAUUAGCCACGCCUUCCUAGCCCAUUUUACUACCAGAAUCGCAAAAGCAAAGCACCCGAUCAAUCUGCUCGGGGUGACGCAGAGGUCCGGUGAGCCGACCAGAAAAUAUCUUGACCGGUUCAACGACGAAUGCUUGGAGAUCGACGGGCUAACCGAUUCGGUAGCUAGUCUGUGUCUGACAAAUGGACUCCUGAACGAGGACUUCAGGAAGUAUCUUACCAUGAAGCCGGUGUGGACGAUGCAGGGGAUCCAAAGCGUAGCCAGAGAAUAUAUCAACGAUGAAGAAGUCAGUCAAGUCGUGGCUGCCAACAAACGGCAGCCCUCCUACAACCAACCUCGGCAGCACGGUGGUGGAGAAAGGCAGAAAGAGCACGCCAGAGAUGGCGGACUGGGCAAGACGCCCAGGCCAUCCCCUCGAGUCGAGAAGUUCACCAACUACACCCCCCUCACCGUCCCCAUCAUAGAAGUUUAUUAG